AUGAUGAAGAAUAAGGAGGCUGCUGUUGCAUUUGGAACACGAUCCUUGUGGAAAGAGGCUGAGGUAGAGGAUGGAAUUAGGAUGGAAGAUGUUGAUGCAGAUCAUUUUGAUCCAUUUGAAGGACCAGUUUGGGAUGAUCAAUGUGAUGACUUUGAUAAUUAUUUGACUAAGUUGUAUAAGAAUAGGGAAUUGUACACAGACAAAGGUUUUGGGAACAUUGUGAUUAAGGAGUGGUACACAAUUAGUUGUAGUGAAUCACAUUGUGAGUGGAGAUUGCAUGCUUCUAGGCUGCUUGAUGGUGUUACUUGGGCUACCAAAAAAAAAAUUCAAAAUACUGAACACACAUGCUUGGGGUUAGAAACCGAAAACCCUAUGAUAUGGGUUGAGAUGGCACAACCAAGCUUGUAUAGGGUGAGAAACAUGGCCUUGAGUAUCAUUAAUGGUGGGCAUGAUACAUCAUACAGUACAUUGCCAUCUUACUGCGAUGUUAUCAAAUCAAAAAAUGAGGGUUCAUAUGAAAAUUGUGCUUGGUAUCCCCCUACACAUCCUGAUAGACCCCUAGUAUUUAUGAGCAUUUUUGUAUCUUUCAAGGCAUCUCUGGAUGGCCUUUUUUCUGGUUGUAGAAGUGUUAUUAGAGUGGAUGGGGCUCAUUUAAAGGGUAAUUAUGGUGGUGUUUUGUUAUCUGCAAUUGCCCUUGAUGGCAACAAUGAAAUGUUUCUAGUGGCAUGGGGUAUUGUUUCAUGUGAAGAUGAAGAGAGUUGGAAGUUCUUCAUUUGGCAUCUUAAACAUGUACUUGAACCAAGUAACAGGGGAGACAAUUGGUGCAUAAUAUCUGACAGGCAGAAGAGAAUUGACAAGGCUCUCAAUGAUUUGUGGCCUAAGGUGCAAAGACGGUAUUGUUGCAGACACCUUAGUACCAACUGGAAGAAGUCUCUUCUUGGACCUAAGUUAUGGCAACUGUUUUGUCUAGUAUGUGGUGCCUCUCAACCUUCACAUUUGCAAAGGCCAUGA